AUGCGCACCUGAACCAAAACAACAAUGGCACUUCGCUGUGUAUCUGUUUGUUUAAGCCCGCUAGCUAGCGUCCGUCCUUUCUACAAAUGUUUGUCCUUUAGCGUCCGCUCGUUUGCAGACCACGCAUCGUCCAAAAAAGUAGAUAGCAGCCCUCCAGAGCUUUUGGUUGACCAUGUUCUCUACACUCCGGAACACUUUGCGUUGAAGGAAUCCCUCAAAAAGAUUAUUGACCAGGAGAUCAACCCGUAUGUGGAUCAGUGGGAGGCAGAGGGGAAGUUUCCAGCCCAUAAAAUCUUCAAGAUUCUCGGGAACGCUGGUUUUCUUGGAGUCACCAAGCCAGUUGAAUAUGGCGGAUUGGGACUGGACUACAGCUACAGUGUGGCAGUUUCCGAAGAGCUCGGUCACAUCCGCUGCGGAGGAAUCCCCAUGGCCAUCGGCGUUCAGACGGACAUGACGACCCCCGCGCUGGCCAGGUUCGGUUCAGACGAGCUCAAAAAAGAAUUUCUGCUUCCGAGCGUCCUGGGGGAUAAAGUUGCCUGUCUGGGAGUGAGUGAAGUGGGGGCGGGUUCCGAUGUGUCAAGUAUCAAGACCAAAGCAGUGAGACAAGGGGACGAAUAUGUCAUCAAUGGCGGCAAAAUGUGGACCACCAACGGCACCCAAGCGGACUGGAUGUGUCUCCUCGCCAACACUAGUGACGGACCCCCGCAUCGGAACAAAUCACUUAUUUGUUUGCCUAUGAACCUGCCAGGAGUUCACAUUGCUCGCAAGAUCGACAAACUUGGCAUGUGGUCCUCAGAUACGGCCGAAGUUUUCUUAGAAGAUGUCAGAGUUCCUUGCAAAAACGUCAUCGGUCAGGAAGGCAUGGGCUUUACCUAUCAGAUGCUUCAGUUUCAAGAAGAGAGACUCUGGGCUGUGGCCAAUAUCCUGACCACAAUGGACGUCGUCAUUCAGGAGACCAUCGACUACACUCGGCAGAGGAAGAUUUUCAAUAAUCCCGUCCUCUAUCACCAGGCGGUCCAUUUCAGGUUGGCUGAGCUGCAAACUGAGGUGGAGUUGCUACGUUCCCUCCUCUAUCAAGCCACAGCCUUGUAUAUCAAAGGUAAUGAUGUCACAAAAAUGGCAUCCAUGGCCAAACUAAAAGGGGGGCGCCUGGCCAGGGAACUGAGUGACAGUUGCCUCCAGUACUGGGGAGGAAUGGGAUUCACCAGUGAUGUGCUCGUCAGCAGAUUCUACAGAGACUCCAGGUUAAUGUCCAUCGGCGCAGGAGCUGAUGAGGUCAUGCUCGGAAUUAUCUGCAAAUACAUGGACAUUCUCCCCAAGAAAUAA